AAUCAUAACUAACACGCGAUAUUAAGCUCUUUCAGUUCGAUCCGGUCGAAUCGCGUGGCUCGUGCGGUGAAAGUGCGAAAAUUCGAGAAUUCGACGUCGUUUCCGCUCUCUCGCGAGCGAAUUCUCCCUAAUCGGCCAGUGAUUGGUGGAACACCGCGAGCCUGUCCGGCUGUGAGACGACACGAGGGUUUUAACCAGAAAUUGAUUUGGAAUGGAAUGAACCUGGUAGAGUAACAGAUGUCGAGAACCGGGGCCAUAUUACUGAAUGCAUUGUGAACAGAAUCAAAUACAUCUAAGAAUACAGCUAGGCUUGAAUAAACUCAAUUGAAAAUAGAUGAAGAUGGAACAACCACUGAGGCUGGCUGAAGGUACCGGCGGAUGAGACCAGGGUACCCAAUUCGCCUGCCGUGGUGCAGCCUUCCAUCUAAUGGAUAGAGAUGGCGAUGGGGUGGCCGUGCGGUGGAGCAAUGUGCGCAACGACGACGACGAUCUCGACGUCGACGACGUGCACCAUGCCACCACUGGCUUCUCGCCACCCCAUCAGAUGCCUCAAUUGCCUCUUCAUCUACAGCAGCGCAACUACUCUAGGUCCAUGUCAUCUCUACCACCGGAACCCUUCAUGAUUAUGCGCAAUAAGGCGCUCAACAGGAGAGUUUGCAUAAACGUUGGUGGAGUUAAACAUGAAGUACUCUGGAGAACCCUUGACCGUUUACCUCAUACUCGUCUGGGUCGAUUAAGAGACUGCAACACACACGAAGCCUUAGGAGAACUAUGCGACGAUUAUUCUCUCAUUGACAACGAGUAUUUUUUUGAUCGACACCCCAAAUCAUUUAGCUCCAUCCUUAAUUUUUAUCGAACCGGUAAACUGCACCUCGUCGAUGAGAUGUGUGUGCUAGCCUUUAGUGAUGACCUCGAGUACUGGGGUGUCGAUGAGUUGUACCUGGAGUCGUGCUGUCAGCACAAGUACCACCAGAGGAAGGAGCAUGUUCACGAGGAGAUGAGAAAAGAGGCUGAGUCCCUUCGACAGAGGGACGAGGAGGAGUUUGGAGAAGAUAAGUGUUCUCAGUAUCAAAAAUGGCUGUGGGAUAUGUUAGAGAAACCGACUACAUCGAUAGCUGCCAGGGUUAUAGCCAUCGUAUCCAUCUUGUUUAUCGUUCUAUCGACUAUCGCUUUAACCCUGAACACUAUUCCUAGUUUUCAAGUCAACGACGGUCACGGGAACAUUCAAGAUAAUCCCCAAUUAGCCAUGGUAGAAGCGGUUUGCAUCACGUGGUUCUCGUUGGAAUAUAUCCUGAGGUUCAGCGCGUCCCCCAACAAGUGGAAAUUCUUCAAGGGGGGUCUCAAUAUAAUCGACUUGCUCGCCAUAUUGCCUUAUUUCGUAUCUCUCUUCCUGCUAGAAACGAACAAAAACGCCACAGAUCAGUUCCAAGAUGUGCGUCGUGUGGUUCAGGUUUUCAGAAUUAUGCGUAUACUCCGAAUAUUGAAGCUAGCCCGACAUUCCACCGGCCUGCAAUCCUUGGGGUUUACCCUGAGGAACUCCUACAAAGAACUGGGACUGCUGAUGCUGUUUCUCGCGAUGGGGGUCUUGAUCUUCUCCAGCUUGGCUUACUUCGCGGAGAAAGAGGAGCACGGUACCAAGUUUAUCAGCAUUCCAGAAACGUUCUGGUGGGCUGGCAUUACAAUGACCACAGUAGGUUACGGUGACAUAUACCCAACCACACCUUUAGGGAAGGUUAUAGGAAGUGUAUGUUGUAUUUGCGGUGUACUGGUGAUCGCGUUGCCCAUUCCUAUCAUUGUUAAUAACUUUGCCGAGUUCUAUAAAAACCAGAUGAGGCGCGAGAAGGCGCUCAAGCGAAGAGAAGCCCUGGAACGUGCCAAGAGGGAAGGGAGCAUAGUUUCCUUCCAUCAUAUCAAUUUGCGUGACGCCUUCGCCAAAAGCAUGGACCUCAUUGAUGUUAUCGUAGACACAGGGCACAAUAUGUCGCACACAGACGGAAAUAGCACAGAAGGAGAGAGCAUGGGCGGAGGGCGGAAUCCCGCCCAGACGGGCGCCGGCUGCUUCAGAAACUUCGAUCACUUUCCUAACCGGAAUCGCCGAAGAAAUUCUUCCACCUUAACUCCAUGUCUUCCAAUAAAUGAGGGGAUGCCCGUACCCAUCUCGCCCUCAUCUCAGAGGAGGCUUUUCGAUACUCCACCCGCCAAUGAGCUUGAGCUUCAACAACCCAUGGCUCCGUUGGCCCAGGAUGAAACUCAAUUCUUGGUGCAAACACCAAAAGGUUACAUUUCACCUGGGGCUGACAGCAAAUUAUCAGAUUCCAUAAAGAAGACAGAGAAAAUUGAAGAAAUGCCUAGCGAAUUCGAAUGUUGCUUUUGCACCUCGAAGAGCUUCAAGGAAUUUGUGGAUGCUGAGAACCUGAUGCCACUACCCACAAGCGACUUUCGGAACCCAGUUUGCCUCGAGAUGCGGACCAUCAGAGCCGAACACGCUGAGCACGAUCUGCUUAUGGAUAUGGCCGAGCGAGAGGCUAAGCAGAAACACCGUAGCGAUAUGGGCAGCGUGGACAGUUCGGACACUUUCGAGAGCUGUCGGACGCAUCCGUUCAAUUCGCAGGGCGACCUCAUUGCUUCCGAUAUGACUGACCAACCUUGUGUUCUAGACAGCAAUUUGUAUGUGAAUCCGAUGGACAAGAGUACAGACAACAGUCCAGAUGCGUUCACGCCCAGCAGACCAGGUGGUGUGAAGAAAUCAGCUUCUGGAGAUACAGCGCUUAGGAGUUUGGGCGCGUCGCCUUCGGACGAGGCUUUUAGGGGCUUCGGACCUAUGGAGAGGGGCAGCAGGGUGAGCCUGAACGAUUCGCCUCUUCCUAAAAGCAGGAGGACCAGAUUCCAACAGGCGAGACCUAGGACGAGAUUUGGUGACUCCACCGAACAAAAUUCCCAGGAAAGUUUGGAAGGAAAGAGAAAGAAACCCCCAUUUAUGCCUACAAGAAGUCUAGCUUCAGCAACGAGGAUUAUUAAUCAGCAUUUAUUCAGCUUGCAGAAUUUCGGUGGUAGUAAAUCAGGAAGAAAUAGUAGUAAAUCAACUUUGUCAGUAGAUUCGAUAGACAGUAGGCAGAGCCCGCAGCUGGAGCAACAUAGAAGAAACAAGUCCAUAUUGAAGAAAUCGGAUAGUAGUGGUAAUAAAAACGGUGGUGAUCCAGAAAGUGAACGUUUAAUAUCGGACAAUACGUCGUUGUACGAUAUCGGUUCUGGCAGUGAAUAUUCCCCAAACAGACGCUUUCCCUCUCCCCCUUCUCGUCAUAAGACUGCAAAAACUCUUCCUACCUACCAGCAAGAACUGGAAAGGACACGAAACCUCAAGUAUCAGCUAACGCCAAGAUCACAGUUUACCUUGCUGGACGACAUAAUUAAUGUUAAGGACCGACAGCAGGAAGCGAUUAUGAUAGAUUCAAACAGGCUGACAGAGACUAGCCAGGUACCUCUGUACAUAUGCCCACCUCCUCCUGCGGAAGAUACUUCUCCCUCUGAAGAAACAAGCCUUCUUUUGCAUUCCACGAUGACUGUGCCGAACACUACCGCUACCAUUACUUCAGGAAACUCAAUUUGCAAGCGUCCCCGACCAUCCUCGUAGCAUUCAAAGAUCAUAGUAUCAUCUUCUCUUCCAAUGGCAGAUAAUGAUGCUAUGAGGCAUAAUCAUCAUUCUGAAGGCCAUCGCAAAGUAUGGAAUCUAAUACAGAUACUCGGCACAAAAUUCAUUCAUUUAUUCGGAAAUCGUUAAGUUUAUUUGAGUGCAUAUUGAAGUGCUUUCUUGUUAUGAAUAUGUUGCUUUUGAUGAAAGACUUAAUUCUUAGAUAUUCAAAACUCUUUUCAAUUGAAUUGCAUGCGACACUGCAGGUUGCAUGGACUCAUAGGAACAGUGAAAGACAUUCUACCCUCAAUCUGAAGUUUCGGAACUUCAUAAUAGGUGUGUUUUCAGUACGCAAAGCUGUCAGAGGUCAGCCUGAGAAGUUACAAUUUUGACAUGUGAAAAACAAAUGGUUUAAAAUGCUGAAGGUUGUGGUAACUGAAGAUUGGAAGUUGAGCAGGAAAAAUAGUCAAUAAAUUUAGCAAUACACCACUACAGCUUUAGGAUAUUAAUUAAUUCUGUUUAAUGCGAAAUUAUUUCAAUAAAAAUGAGUCAUAAAUAUGCUUUUAUCAAUAGUAAGCCAUUAUUUAUCCGUCAAUAUUUAUUCUGCUUCAAAUAUAUCAGCCAAAAAGAGUCCAACCGGGUAGUAAUACAUAGCAAACUAUACGUUUCUCCUUUGUAAUAGUUCAUGAUAUUUACAUGUCUCCUUUCAACACUAAUCUACACAUAUGCUUUCUCCCAUCUUUCAAAUUUUUCUUGAAAAAAAGAAUUUCUAGAUCUUCAUAUAUUUUUUUCCCUUCAUCUCCUUUCGAGAACACAUUUCUGAAAUCACUCAUUUUAGAUUUUCUAUAUUGACAGAUGAUCCAUACCGAUACCCCAAAUAUUGAAUAUAAUAAAUAACUAAUGGAAAUAGGGCCUAGUAAUGAAACAAUUAUUUCAAAAUGUCUUUCAAUAUUUUUGUUCCUCAGUAUAUUCUGUUGUCCUAAAGCAGUAGUAUAUAUUAUUCAGAUGUUUAUACAUAUAAUAUAUAUUUAUACUUUAAAGGUGUUGUAAAUAGGAAUUGCCGACUGGUAAAGCUUAUUUUCGUCUGUGAUUAAAAUUAAUUUUAGGCAACGUUUCAAUAUAAUAUGUAAAUACAUAAAUUGUUGAUCACAUAAAAUACAUUUUUCAGGCUAUUAUAGAGUAAGUGGAGUUCACAUUUGUAGCUUUGAUAUAGCAAAAACAGAGUGAUGUUUGAUUUUUGAAAAUGUGAAAAUUUAUUACGAGACUAAGGUUCCUUUUUGUUUAAUAUUUAUACUUAGGAAGAUGUGCUUUUUCAUUGACAAAGUCCCAAUUUGAAUGUAAAGAAAUUGUUACUCAAGAUGUAAUUUUUUAACAAAAUGUAUUAUGAAAAUGAACAAUUAAGGAGAAGUGCAUCUGUUGAAGAUUAAAUACAAUUGGAAUACACAAUUAUACAAAUGAAAUGUUCCUGCUAUAUUUUCAGGCAUUUUGCCUGAUAACUAUUCUUCCUAUGAAAUAGAUUCAUCAAUAUUAAAUUCAAAAGUUCAUUGAUAUCGGAUAAAUAAUAUUUAUAUGCAGCAAUCAGAGGAUUCAUUCGAAUUAAAAGACAAUAAAUAACAACUGAAAAAAAUUAUGUUGAUUUAUACCAAAAGCUAUAGAUGUGUCACACUACUUUUGAAGCUUAUUUUGAAAGAAACAUGGAAUAACCCAAUUUAAUGAACUCAAUGUUCCCCCCUCAAUCGACUAGAAAAUAUUAAAAAUUAAUUUUCAUUCAAAAACGAAAUAUCUAUAUUGAAUGUCCUCUGUUGUUGCUACUCGCCUUGAAAUAGAAUUUAAAUUUCUAUUCUCAGUUGAACAUCCUAAAAUUUGUUUGGAUAUCUAUUGAUUGUAUUUAAAAAAUUCAAAUUUAAAUCAAAUAAGAAUGGAAAAGAACAAUUUCUAAUCUCAUAAUCCAGUCAUUCGAAAUGAAGAGUGAAACAUAAUAAAUUUUACACAAUAAAUUAAUUGGAGGUUUCUAUUAAAAAAUUCAUCAACUGAUAAUAUUAUCAACUUCGCAAUAGCGAAGUUUCCAAAUGAGAUUAUUUUCUGUCAAGAUAAAAUAUGCCUAAAAAUUACUCCAAAUAAAUAUACUUAUUUAUGAGCACUUAAUUCAAGACGGUCCAGUCAUUCAGUUCUCAACAAUUGAAUCUAGAAUUUUCUUUUCUACAUUUAGAAAAUCUAAUUUCGUUGAAAUUUGUUCCAAGUUACACAUUAAAAAAGUCAUAAAUUAUUCCAAUUUUAUAAAAUUUUUCCUAAAAAAUUCGAAAAAUGAAUAAAUAUCAAUACAAUCUGUCAGCUUUUAGACAAUCGCUUUUCACCUUUUCAAGACUACAAAUCUGUGAGUCAAUGUAAGGCAUAUGCUAUUUUUUUUAGGUAUAAGUAUAUUUUUCAGGAAUUUUCAUAGUAUAAGUACCCUGCAUAGACAUAUCAUGUAAAUGUUUGUUAAAUAAAAAUUAUUGUUCUGAAAACCUAAAAUGACC